AUGACCAACCAGGUUAGUAACCGGACCCAACGCCGUCUAGCGAACCAUCUUUGUUUAAAUGUUCUGAAAGCCAUGAAAUACCAUGCAAUAAUUGCCUACUCAUUUGUUUCGAAAAAGGCAUUAGCACUGGUUCAAUCUCUUCAUCUACCGAUCAAAUCAGUUCGAAUAAUAAUGAAGGAAAAUCCAGUGAUAGAGUUGGAGUUUCGGAACGAUUAUGUCUCUCUCGAGUUUGAAAUGGGCAAAAACUACAAGCAAAUAGCGAGCUUGAAUGAUCUUCCAUUAAAUGUGAAUGUAUUCAAGGGAGAAGAGGUACAUCUAGCAGUAACUAUGUCAAAUCAAGGAAUGGCGUUAAGAGAAUGGAUUCAGCAUCUCUGUUCAAUUUCCAAUAAAGUGAAACUGCAUGAAGCCGAAUUUCAUAUAGGAGAUAUGCAAUUCGACGUUCAAUCACUCCGGAAUGCGUUCCCAAAACUUCGAAACAUCGGUAUACAUGGCUCGCGAAAUGAAACUUCCGAACACGAGACUCUUAACGCCCAAAUUAUUCUGAGAGCGUUUCUACCUUAUGUUAAAGAAGUCGAAUUGAUUUCUGUCAAUCUUGGAGAGAACCUUACUUGUGAACACAUUGGAAUUGCGAAUUUAAAAAAUUUGGACUUCGUUCAUCCAAAAAAUUUCAAUUUCGAUUGUAUCUUCACAUUGAAUGCAGAAAGUUGUAAUAUAAUAACAGAUCAAAUUCCGCUUCGCGAUUUGAAUCGUUUCUUCAAAUUGUGGGUGAAGCAACCCAAUCCAAGAAGGAGGUCAUUGAUGAUUUCGUGUGACAUGGAAACCGUCCCAGACUGGAAUGUCUUGCUCAAAGGAUUGAAAUUUGAAGAAAUAGAAAAAGAAGCAGAAGAAGAUGAUGAAGAAGUAGAAGAAGAUGAAGAAGAUGAAGAAACAGGAGCAGAUGAAGAUGAAGAAGAAGCAGAUGAAGAAAAAGCAGAAGAUGAAUCAGAAUCAGAAACAGAAUCAGAUGAAGAAUUAGAAGACGAAGAAGUAGAAGGAGAAGGGAAGAAGUUCUUGAUUAGAAAUUGUCGUGGGAUUCAUGGUCAAAUAGAAGUCAAACUUUUUGAAGGAUCUGCUAGUGUUAAGUUUAUUGUUUCGAAGGGUUAUUCAUGA